UAUAAUAAUUAUAAUAAUAUUAUAAGCAUUUUUCUUAACACAAUGAUGUCUUCUGGUGGAAAACAGCCUUAAACCUAGUACUGCUGUAGUUUUUUACUGAAAUUGCGUAGAAAUAGUGGUAAAUGGUGGUCAGUUAUCUUACCUUGAAGAUUCUCGGAGAUGCGUUUUCCAAGCAUCUAGAGGCUCAAAAUCUCAAUUUUCCCACUAGGCGCCAAAAAUGGUGGCGCCUAACGGCAACUCUAAACUAGGUGCACUCAAUCUCUCGUUUUAAAGUGUCGGAAGGUAUGUUACAGAAUAUCAGGAUAAAGUUGAAAUUUUGUUCUUUUGCAAUGUCCAAAUCAGUGUCUGAUAUUUAUGAACUUACAUGCCACACUAAACACCACGAUUAACACGACGCAGUAUUUGGAACACAAUAUAGCUGGAACAGUAAACACAAUUUCUCUGGAACACAACUGCAACACAGCGACAGUUUCUACUUUAAAACACAGUUCAUUAAAUCACAUAUCACAAUAAACACCAACACCGGAUGUCCACAUUUUAUUUGUCCUUCACGAAAACGAGAGAUUAACAUAUAUACUAAAUUCAUCACAAAGUGAAUCCUUAAUCCUGACAUGACUUCUAACAUCUUAUUAACUAGCCACUCAUCCACACCUAAUUUUCCUAUAGCCACCAAAUAACUUUAUCUUUCUAAAUCUACAACAUCAUAAUAGAGAUUAUUUCUCUUUCCAAAAUGCUUUUCUUAAAGCUGUCUGGUUAAAAAUAUUGCAUCUGUAGUGCGACCAUUCAACCCUCUCUAGUUACUUCCUUUUAAUGCAUCAUAGAUGCCCUUAAAACAAUACACUAUCGCACUCAACUGUUUGUAACUUGGGAUAACACUGUCCCUAUAAUCUGAUUUGCAAGACUGGUAAUAAGCUUAAUAGUAUAUCCACAUCCAUUUACCAUCUCUGAUGUAGUGUUUUUAUGGAUUAGUUGAUAGAUGCGAUAUACGCAAACCAAAAAUAUGGAAAGUUCAUACAUUGGUUCACCAUUUAAAACUGUUCUCGACUCUGUUGGACCACAGCAUGAAAAAGCAUUGAAACAAGCCUUUUACAACACUGCUGCAAUAAUUUUUGCACUUUUAAGUUGUGUGGUAGCCAUUAGUGCUUAUUAUGUGUUGGAAGUGUUUCUACGACCAUUAAUUUGGGCUGCAUUAUGUGGGACAUUUCUUUUUCCAUUUAAAAAAACUGCAACAAGAGUUGUAAGAGCUUGGUUAAAACAUCUGGAAGAAGAAAACACCCCGUUUCUUGUUGGUGUAACAAUGCUUCCACUCAUGGGAAUCGUCAAAAGUGCAGAUUUUAUUGGUCAAGUUGUCAAGGCAAAUUAUAAAUUAAUGGUUUCUAUUUUUAUCUUGGUUCCACUGUGCUAUUAUUUGGUAGUAUUUCAUCCAUUUUACCAAAUAUUUUAUGGAGUAAAAUUUGUAACCGAUAUGCUGGCUAAAAUCCUGUCGUUGUUUAAUUACCCUCUUGCAGUAUGGACUCUUUUUAUUGGCUAUGUAAUCCUCGUGUUUUCAUACAAGAAGCCUUUGAAUGAAGACUCAUCAACCAAUAUCAAUUUCUUAAAGUACCUUUCUGUUGGUGUGUGGUUUAUGAUGUUAUUCCAUCUUGCUUCAUUGGCUGGCACAUGGAAAGUUCCUUUAGCAUUGUUAUUAUUAUUUCUGAUUAUCCUCGGAAUAAUUGGAGAACAGAAAAAUAGCACAAAGCAUGUGAAUGAAGAACAGGUGUGUCCAGAAAAGAAAAAACAGAUCACUGUCAAGAAAGUGGUGGACAGAAUGUUAACUGUGAUCGGUAUACACACACCAAAAACUCUAACAGCAUGUUCCAGCUCUUACGAUAUGCAGGAGGCAGCAUCUGUAGAUACUUCAACAUCCUCUGGUGAUUCGUUCACUGAAAACGUAAUAAAUGAACCAGAAGUAAUUGCACCCGUGAAAUUAAACCCAAGUGUAGAGGCUUUAAAAUCUACACCUCUGCCAACUAAAAAAAACACAGAUAAAAAGCCAGUGAAGCAUAAACAUAAACGUAAAAGGAUAGGGAAAAGUGAUCCGUAUUUUAUUGCAUUGUUUUGGUUAUUUGCAAUUAGUCGCGUAUGGCUGCAUUCAUGGGUGCUGGAAAUUGUCCCUGUUCUUCUUGUUAUAUUUGUGGUAAAGUUUGUCUACUCAAAAGCUGAAUUUGGAUCCUUUAUAUUGGGCAAAACAAGAGGUUUUCGCUUACGAUUGCAUGAUUUGUAUGUGGAAAGGCGUGACAUUAUUUUUCCGGGUCCUGUUAAAGGUGCCAUUUUCAUGAUGCAUCGAGGUGAUCAGAAGCUGAUAUCUUGGAUCCACAGCGCGACAGACAAACUUAUGACUGCUCUAAUUAUCUUAUGUUUGGGAAUUUUGGCGUUGUUAGGAGCCGCCUUUUUCGCAGUGCAGGUUCAUCAAGAAAGUGCAUACUUAAUUACUGUAGCAACCGAUGUUGUCAAUCGGACUGUUGUAUCAAACCAAGAUUACCUGAGGUUGUUGAAUUUAAACGACACAGACAUAAAGAAAUCCUUCGACGAUGCUGUUCAUGGAGCGUAUGUCAUUGGUCGACAGCAGAUGGUGACCGUUGUUAGUUCUUACUUUAAAACACAGAAAUCAAACAGCUCUGCGAUGGAGCAUCAAGUGGAGCAAUUUUUGGAUCAGUUAUACUAUUCGUGGGCUGGAAAGAACGACAGCAAGAAAGAAAAGGGAGGCAGCAUGAAGAAGGAGACCCAUUCAGUAGCAGAGGAACGUAAAGACAAUUUCUUGUUGCAACAAUGGAACACAUUCUCAAAAAUUCUUUCAAAACGCGAUCUCAGCAAGCUGUAUGAUAUUGGGAAAAGUAAUAUGCACACGUUGUACUCAGUUGUGGAAUCCGUAUGGAGCAUUCUAAAAGGCAACGUCAACCUCAUGUUCUCCAUCAUCACACAUAUAAUCUCCCUAGUUUUGUUCAGUGGAACGUACUUGUUAAACUCACUUAUCUCCACAAUAGUCUUCAGCACGACUUUGUUUUAUCUGCUCAGUGCAUCUACCGACAGUUACAAACUCAUGGAUUGGUUUGCAAGCGUAAGCAUGGGGACGAGGUUGGGUGAGUCAAUCAACAAUGCUAUUCAAGAUGUUUUUGGCGCGUCGUUAAAGAUGGCCACUUUUUAUGGAUUAUACACAUGGCUAACACAUAGUGUGUUCGGAGCGAAUUUGAUAUUCAUCCCAGCAGCUUUAGCAGCAACGUUUGGUGUCGUCCCCUUCAUUGGCACGUACUGGGCCGCCGUCCCUGCGACGUUAGAACUCUGGUUGAUCCAACAAGAAGGCCUGUUUGCUAUUUUGUUACUUUCCCUUCAUAUGUUACCAACGUAUGUGGUGGAUACGGCAAUAUACAGUGAGAUCGGUGGUGGUGGCCACCCAUACUUGACAGGUCUUGCGGUUGCUGGUGGAGUUUACUGUAUUGGUUUGGAAGGUGCUUUUGUCGGUCCUAUUGUGUUGUGUUGCUUGAUCGCAGCGUUUGAUGUUUACAAUGGCAUUAUGAACGAUAGCAGCACUGAGCAAACAAGAAAUACUUCUUCUGUAAGACGAGAAUAUCGCAGAGCUUUCAGUGAAAACCGUUUGUAAUCCUGUACAAUUAUAUGGAAGAUAAACAUGAUGACAUGAGAGAAACGACCAGUACUGCUAUGAAAUGAAAAACGUGUUAAGAGAUCAACCAGUAGGAAACUUUCUUUACAUUUCAAUUUACAUAAAUUUGUAGUAUAGGGCUUUGAUGUUGUUUUCGUUUAUUUAUUUAUUUAUUUAUUUUGCUUGUUCGUUUGGUUGGUUGGUUGGUUGGUUGGUGUAUGACCCAUUCUCUAAUCGGCCCAAAUUUUCCUGGUUUUAAGUUAGUGUUAAAAUUUCCUUUAAACUGCAAAAUAAUUUAGGCAAGUUUAAAUAUUUGCAAAAUUCUAUUUUAUCAGGACACUUUAAAAAUGUGACCUUUAACCUAAUUUAAGAAAAUAAAUAUUUGAAAGAAAUAAUUAUCGUAAAUUUAUCCUUCUUAUCAAUUUUUAGAAAUAACGGUUUCUGGGUGAAGGGUGGGACAUUAAUAAGUGUUCUUAUGAAUUUCCCAUGCUACAAGAAAACAAUUGUGACCUCACUUUAUAGUCCUAUGGGUUUGUUCAUCAACAUUUUUAUGUUUCUAACAAUUUCAAAUUUCGGUCGUCGAUGUUUGAGAAGUCCGUUUAUUUGUGGUUCGGCCAUUUAUUUUUUCCAUAUACACUUAAAAGAAGUUUUCAUAAAUUGUUGAUAGAAAUAGAUUUUUUUGUACAAAUAGAAUUUCUAUUGUAAAAAUGUAAUAUAAAGAUGUCUUCUAACUUAAAAAAAAAUUAUUUUGUUGAA